UCGAAAGGAACUGAAUAAAACCGAAGACUGUGUUUCCCAAAGGCCACUGCGGCGAGGAUUCUGAGCUACGGGUCGCGAGAAGGGGCAAAACGCGCUCACCUGGUGCUGUCCGACUCCCUUUGGCUGCGCGUACCGGUGUUCAGGUGGACGGGCUGAUGCGGGAGGGAGGAGGAAGAGGAUGGAGGAGAAGGCCCCGCGCAGCGUGAGCAGCUCCAGCACCUCCAAGCCCUACUUGGAGAAGCUCACCCUGGGCGUCACUCGCAUCCUAGAAGCUUCUCCAGGAGUUACUGAGGUGACAUUUGUGGAGAAGGUGCCAGUCGAGCGCCAUGCCAUUAUAUUAUGGGAACAGAAGAAUGCCUGCGUCUUGCCCGAGGAUUUAAAGAAUUUCUACCUGAUGACGGAUGGCUUCCACAUGACUUGGAGUGUAAAGUUUGACGACAACCCGAUGCCCCUUGGCUCCAUGACCAUCAACAGCAUCUCCAAGUUAAACCGAGUCAGAGCGUCGCCCGUCUAUGCCUUGCCCAAUGCCCCCACGCUGGCUGACUUGGAGGACACGGAUGACGAAGAAGGUAACGGGGGUCAGCCGGAGAAACCUCACUUGGACUCGCGGAGCCUGGUGUUUGAGCUGGACCCGUGUGGAGGGAAUGGGAAGGUCUGCCUCGUGUACAAGAACACCAAGCCAGUUGUUGCCCCGGAUUCCGAGAUCUGGUUUCUGGACAGAGCUCUCUACUGGCAUUUCCUCACCAAAACCUUCACCGCUUACUACCGGCUCCUGAUCACCCACCUGGGACUGCCACAUUGGCAGUACGCCUUCACCAGCUAUGGCAUCAGCCCCCAGGCUAAGCAAUGGUUCAACAUGUACAAGCCCAUCACAGUCAACACGGAGCAGCUCUCUGAGGAGGCUGAUUCCUUCGUGAACAAGCUGGACCCAAACAAGGUCUUCCGCAGCAAAAGCAAAACUCCAGUGAUGAAGAAGAAGCUGCCGUCCCAGGCGCCCUCCUCUCAGAAGGGCCAGGCGGGGCCAGCCCCCAAGAAUCCGCAGCAGGCCGGCAGCUCCUCAAGGAGACGGGAACCCCAGCCCUGACUGAUCUUUGCCCUUUGACCCUGCACUGCCCCACCGUGACUUGGGUCCACCCCCCCGAAAAGUCCUCCCAGUUUGUGACUGGUGGAGCAUCGAACGGGACCAAGAUGUAUUUAUCUAAAAGUAUUUAUUUAAAAGACUUUAGGCUCCGGUUGAAUUUCCUUUGUGCCAAACGCGACCAGUGGGCUCAGGUUUGACAUGGGGGGGUCCCUCCUUGGAGUGAAUGUUGCUAAUAAUCGUGCUAAUAAUUAUUAUUUUAUUAUUUAUACCCAGCCCAUCUGGCUGGGUUUCCCCAGCCACUCUGGAAGGCUUACAGCACAUAUAAAAAUAUAAUGAAACAUCAAACAUUAAAAGCUUCCUGA